UUAGCGCCUUGUGAUAGUUACAUAACACGAAAUGAUUUGGAAAAAAAUAUUAAUAAUAUUAAUGUUUAUAAUUAUUUUAGGUUAUCAAGGGAUACAUUUAGAGAAUGCGCAUAAAUGGAUAGGCAUUGUUGCGCGUUACGUCGUCUAUAUGUUGAUAAUAAAAGGUUCCCGGGAGGCCUGUGCGUUAGGUUAUUCCAUAUUACAGGCACAAAAAACAUUUAAUAUUGAAGAGAUUAUCAAACACAGUAAGAAAUAUGCUUUAAUAUUCGUAGCAUCGAUAGCUAUUUUGUUGUAUAAUAAACAAAGGAUUCUCGAUGAGGACUUCCUGUUAUGGUUUAUAGCGUAUUUGGUUACGAAAUAUCCGGAAGUGGAGGCGAAUUUGGUCACCAUUAAUUACGGUGUGGGAAUGGCGUGCAGUUAUUUUGAAGGUUAUUUAGUGCACGUGAUACCAAGCGAUGGCGCGAAAUUCGUAGGUUUUGAAGAAAACAUGGACAUAUACGCAGCUAAACAAGGGAUUGUCUUCCCUGUGAAGAGAUUAUUUAUUAUAAUAACGAAGUCAAUGUACUGUCCACCUGAUUUGAAACAUUUUAAUAAAGCUAACAGAGAUGAUCUGUCGUAUUUAGAAGCCUGUCAGGUUAGUGAUAAGUCAUUAGAAGAGAUAGAAAAAGAUGUGGCAGGUGUGAAGAACCGCAUAUACCGGAACUCCGCGUACAAAAUCUACCGGCCGGACAAACCGCCCGUGUAUCUGUCCGCGGAAUGCGCCACCCCGCUACACACACUGCACAGGGUGUUGCAGAAGACUGCGAUCUACGAAGAUUUAGCGAAGGUGAAUGUACUAGAAGUAGUAUCAGACUUCUGUCGUACUCUCUCCUCCAUCAUCUCCAAGAGUCCUGAGUGCAGGGACAAGUGUGAACUCGUGUACUACGACGAUACGGAUCCCAAAGCAAAUCUAGCCAGCAUUUUGUUAGACAAGAUUCGAGACUUGGAGCCAAACUUCGAAAAUCUAAAGAACGAAUAACAUUGUGACUGUCCGGGCGUUGGUACUGAUGAAACAUUGAAACAUGUU